UCUACCAGUACUAGUCCGGGAAGGCAGCUAUUGGGCUGAAAUAGAGGUUACAACAGUUUCAAAACCCAUAAAACAAUGUUCUUAGGCCAGUGUCAUAUGUUGUAAAACUGAAAUAAUGCUUUUUUAGGGCAGAAAUCCACCCCGUGUGUGUGAGUGAGUUCUAAAGUAGAGUAGAAGGAAGCCUUUUGCUUCUGCUAUACAGACAGUAAGAAUCCCCAUAACAGCAAAGAAGCCUUUCAUAAUACAUUUGCCCCUGUCAGUCCAGUUUGCGCCCAUUUAUUAAAGGAGAAGGAACAAGCAAAGCCUUUGCAUGGUGUUUCCCCUAUAUACUGUACAGCCAAUCUGACACUGGUUGGUAAUUUGCCCCCAGACAUGAAUCCUGUAAUGACUGGCUUCUAUGUCCGGCAGAUAACCAGUCCGGUCUAGCGACCCAGUGCAACUUGUCAGCAGGGAGCAGUUAAAACAAACACUGCUAUUACUUACUAAAAGUGGAGUAACAUUUGAACCUUACCCUCAGUCUUUAACCUUUAUUUGACAUAUAUUGUAGAACGCACAAUAUGUUUACAAAGAGGCUUUUUAGUGUAGAUUCCCUGACUGGCAGCAUUUCUGGGUUCAGAAUCACUUUACCAACUAUUAAAGUUCUUCUGCUGCCCCUAAGCAAUGUGCCCAGGCUCCUGGAACAUGAUCCUCCCAAGUAUUUUUUAACUACAUCCGCCUUUGCCACCGCCUUCCUUUGCCAUGGGAGCCCUCCAGUUUUCCUCCGGUACAGGUAUAACUAAAACCUUAUUGCCAUGGAUCUGGUCUCUGUACUUCUGUCUGUUGUUGUUUGUAUUUUCCUAUAUAAAGUCUUUUAUGGUGGGGAGAAAGAAUCUCAGAACUUCCCUCCUGGGCCCAAACCAUUACCGCUCAUUGGAAAUCUGCACAUAAUGAACAUGAAGAAACCCUUUCUAACCUUUAUGGAGCUGGCUGAGAAGUACGGCCCGGUAUUCAGUGUUCAGCUUGGGACAAAGAAGGUGGUUGUGCUUUGUGGCACUGAUGCAGUGAAAGACGCUCUUGUCAACCAUGCUGAUGAGUUUUCCGGAAGGCCCAAAAUUCCAAUGUUUGAUCAGACAUCUAAAGGACAUGGUGUUAUUUUUGCCGAUGGAGAGAACUGGAAAGUGAUGAGAAGAUUCACUCUUUCUACACUAAGAGACUUUGGGAUGGGGAAGAAAACUUUAGAAGACAGAAUCGGUGAAGAAAGUGGCUGUUUGGUGGAAACGUUCAAGUCCCAUGAAGGGAAGCCGUUUGAUAACACCUUAAUACUGAAUGCGGCUGUAGCCAACAUCAUUGUGCACAUACUGCUCAACCACCGCUUUGACUAUCAGGAUCCAACGCUGCUCAAACUUAUAAAAAGCGUCAGUGAGAAUGUCAGGAUUGGGGGUCGUCCUAUAGUUAUGCUGUAUAACACAUAUCCGUCUAUUAUGCAAUGGGUUCCUGGAAGUCACAAAAGUAUCUAUGAGAACUCCCAAAACUUACUCAACUUUCUUAAAGAGACAUUUACCGAACACAGGCAUCAACUGGAUGUAAAUGACCAGAGGGAUCUCAUCGACACAUUUCUUGUCAAGCAACAAGAGGAGAAGUCGUCUUCUACAAAGUUUUUCCACGAUGAAAAUCUGACAAUCCUUUUAAGCAAUUUAUUUGGUGCUGGAAUGGAGACGACUUCUACCACUCUUCGCUGGGGUAUCCUGCUAAUGAUGAAAUAUCCAGACAUUCAAAAAAAAGUCCAAGAUGAAAUUGACCAAGUGAUUGGAUCAGCAGAACCUCGGCUCGAACACCGGAAACAAAUGCCCUACACUGAUGCCGUUAUUCAUGAGAUUCAGCGAUUUGCCAACCUUGCCCCUAACGGCCUUCCCCAUGCAACAACUACGGACGUCACAUUCAGGGGCUAUUUCAUUCCAAAGGGAACCCAAGUGAUUCCAGUGCUGACAUCUGUCCUGCGAGAUAAAGCUUAUUUCAAAAAGCCAGAGGAAUUUUACCCUGAACAUUUCCUUGACUCAGAAGGAAAAUUUUUAAAAAAUGAGGCCUUCCUUCCCUUCUCAGCAGGUAAAAGAAUUUGUGCCGGAGAGACGUUGGCCAAGAUGGAACUCUUCUUGUUCUUCACAAAGUUACUGCAGAACUUCACAUUCCAACCCCCUCCUGGAGUUGAGGUCCAACUGACCUGUGGAGAUGCAAUUACAUCCAUACCUUUAGACCAUAAGAUCUGUGCUUUGUCUCGCAGCUAGGCAAACGCCACACAAAACAA